AUGCUGCUGAUGCUGAGGGAAGAUGUCCGUGAUUGAUGCUUGACUUAAUCCAGAGCUCUUUGCGCCUUUCCGGGAGGGUGGCGGUCUCUUUGUGCCUCCGUGUCCCAUGUGAAGCAAACCAAAGCCGGGAGUGUGAGGGUCAUAGCUAUUCGGCAGGGGUACCAGAUCUCUCCCACCGGCACAUCUGCAUGUGAAAUCGCCAUUUCACCCCUCCACACUCCCUAAUUGUUGCUAAAAUUAUUUGUGAAAUUGCCUUCCACCAGGAGUGUUUUCCACGGCAAUUGUCACCCAAUUUUAUAUGCACGGUGGGCCCACAGAGUUAACACAUGCUGCUCCUCUCCCUCUGCCAUAUGGGCCCUUUCUCUUUUGCCUUUUAAUAGUGACACGUCAGUUUUUUUAAACAAUUACCUUCAAGCAAUUACUUGAACAAGUCAACCUGUUGUCACCAAUAUCGGGUCGAUCCAAAUGUUGCAGGGUAAUUGCCACAAAAAGCUGUGAGAGCGACUUGCUGCGCGCAUUAUCCUAAUUGAAAGGUUAACAAGCUGAAGGCAUCUUAAAGUGUAACCCUGGCCUGCGUAAAGGAGCGGUUUUGGUGCCGUUUUACGCACAGCGGGCCCCGGAAAAAAACUCGUGUUUUGAUGGAAAGAUUUUAUUAAUUUGGAAAGACUCCAUAGGAAAUAAAUGAAAAUGUGUGCACAAUUAUUUUUAUUGCUUUUAUUAUGUAUUUUAUUUACUUUCCUUUUAGGUUUUAUGCGCAUUUUUCACUUUUGGAAAAAAAAACAAGAGGAAAAAUCUAUAAAUACUAAUAUAUUUCACGGAUUUGAUCAGACAAGAAAAUGCUUUCAAACAUUAUUUAGAUCUCCUGAAGUGCUCUUCUUGUUUGGGCUCUUGUGUGAGAAGCGGCUGUGAAUUUAGAAAAAAAAAAGAAAGAAAAGCGCUCGGUGCUGAUCUGAUUGGUCGGCCGGCUCCUGGCUAAACCCACUCUCCUUCAUCCAUAAAAGAAAGGGCAGGGAGCCUAUGGGAGCGCGCGGCUGUCUCCUCCUACGACAUGCACGAAAGUUGGCCACUUAAACUACUUCCAGCAAGCCACCAGACAUUCUACUGAACCCAAACUAGAACGAGGGGGAAGAGAAAACACCAGCGCGCUCCAUUUAGGUGCCACUCCUCCAUUUCCAAACCUAAUUUGUUGCAACAUUUUUCUUUAUUUUUGUGGCACAUUCAUCACGUCAGGGGAGAGGAUCAGUUUUAUUCCCCCCCCCGGUGGAAGGAGAGCUUGUCAAGAUCACCCGCCUGGGAUUAGGAUUUGACAGCAGCGGCGCGUCUUGUUGAGCGUUUUGAAUACAUUCCCUUUUUUAUUUUUAUUUUUUCAUUUUUCCUAUUUCACUUUGUUGGGUUUGUUUGUCGUUUCUUCUCUGGGGGCUGGGGGGGUUUGGACUUGCAGAGCUGAAGGCUCGAUCAGUGUCCAGUUGGGUGUUUUUGCCUGAGUAGCUACAGGAUGGCUACUCUGCCCGGAACUGUGCCUCGGAUGGUGCGCCCUGCGCCAGGCCAGAAUUACCCCAGAACCGGUUUUCCCCUAGAAGUGUCUACCCCUCUGGGCCAGGGUAGAGUGAAUCAGCUUGGAGGAGUGUUCAUCAACGGGAGGCCGCUGCCAAAUCACAUCCGACACAAGAUAGUGGAGAUGGCCCACCACGGAAUCCGACCCUGCGUCAUCUCGCGGCAACUGCGAGUUUCUCACGGCUGCGUGUCCAAGAUCCUGUGCCGGUACCAGGAGACCGGAUCCAUCCGUCCCGGAGCCAUCGGGGGCAGUAAACCCAGGCAGGUGGCAACUCCUGAUGUGGAGAAGCGGAUCGAAGAGUACAAGAGAGAAAACCCUGGCAUGUUCAGCUGGGAGAUCCGGGAUAAGCUGCUGAAGGACGGUGUGUGCGACAGAAGCACAGUUCCUUCAGGUGAGGCUUCAUCUGUGAGCUCCAUCAGCCGCGUUUUGAGGGCCCGAUUUGGCAAAAAAGAUGACGAGGAUGACUGUGAUAAGAAGGAUGAAGAUGGAGAAAAGAAAACAAAGCAUAGCAUCGAUGGCAUCCUCGGUGAUAAAUGUAGCCGCACGGACGACGGUUCAGACGUGGAUUCGGAGCCCGACUUGCCCCUGAAGAGGAAGCAGAGGCGCAGCCGCACCACCUUCACCGCGGAGCAGCUAGAGGAGCUGGAGAAGGCGUUCGAAAGGACGCAUUAUCCCGACAUCUACACCAGAGAGGAGCUGGCUCAGAGGACGAAGCUGACGGAGGCCCGAGUACAGGUGUGGUUCAGCAACAGAAGGGCUCGGUGGCGUAAGCAGGCUGGAGCCAAUCAGCUAGCAGCUUUCAACCACCUUCUCCCCGGAGGGUUUCCCCCGACCGGGAUGCCGACUUUACCCACAUACCAGCUGCCCGAGUCCAGCUACCCCAGCACCACCCUGUCGCAGGAGGGCAGCAGCACUCUCCACAGACCCCAACCACUGCCUCCCUCCUCCAUGCAUCAGGGAGGCCUGAGCGCUGACAGCAGCUCCGCUUACGGCCUGUCGUCAAAUCGCCACAGUUUCUCCAGCUACUCCGACACCUUCAUGAGCCCCUCAGCAUCCAGCAACCACAUGAACCCAGUUGGCAACGGGCUCUCCCCGCAGGUGAUGAGUAUCCUGAGUAAUCCCAGCGCAGUACCGUCUCAGCCGCAGCACGAUUUCUCCAUAUCCCCCCUGCACAGCAGCCUGGAAAGCUCCAACCCCAUCUCCGCCAGCUGCAGCCAACGCUCCGACAGCAUCAAAAGUGUGGACAGCCUGGCGUCCUCUCAGUCAUAUUGCCCCCCCACCUACAGCGCCACCAGCUACGGCGUGGACCCCGUCACUGCAGGCUACCAGUACAGUCAGUACGGCCAGACUGCUGUCGACUACCUGGCUAAGAAUGUGAGCUUGUCCACCCAGAGGAGGAUGAAGCUCGGGGACCACUCGGCGGUGCUGGGGCUCCUACAGGUGGAGACGGGACAGGCCUACUAAACCUGCUCCGAACCCACGCUGACUUCUUUCUUUUCACGCUCCAUCAAGUCCGAACUCCAGGGCAGCCAUUUUCACAGACAAAAGUAUGGGGCGUGGGGGUUUACUUGGGAAGUCAAACCUGUUUGAAGUAACAGGUGGCGUUCUUCCCGUUUUCUCAAAAAUAUGUGUGCCCCUCCCCCCGAAACGAUGUUUAUUUUCCUCAAGGGGGCAGAGACGAUUCCUAGGACGGUGGGCCUGCUCUCCGCCGUGCUAUUGGUGCAGCUCAUUCGACCUUCCACAACAUGUACUUUACCUUGCUGUUCACGGUAGUUAACAAAACCAAUAUCACUCGAGCGACUCGACUUCUUGUUCCUUUUUUGAUAUUGUUAAGAUUCUCCUUGCUGUUAUAUGAUUAUGGUGAAUUCUGUUGUUCUUCGAUUCCAUUUGUAUCUUUUUUCUCUGUUUGGUGUUGGUGUGUAAAAGCACGCCGGGUGACAGACAGUCUCUUGAGUGUCUGCUACCCCGCGUCUGUUUGUGUGUCGGCACAGGAGUGGAUGAUCGUUUUCCAAGCUGCUCUUCCAAGCGAUUUGACCUUCCCACUUUCAUAUUUCUCUUGACAUUCCUAAAGGACUUGGCCACUCUGUGGGAAGUCUGGCUCGGAUGGAUUCAGCAGGGAGUGUUUUGGCGACCAAUAGCUUUCCCGUUUUAACCUCCAUCCCAUCCUUAGCCGGGGUCCGUGGGGAGAAGGCAUUGUUUGCAAAAACAGGAUUGGGGAAAUUAAUGUGUUUUGAAAUAUGGACCUUGCCAAGGAGGGCUAACUCCGCCCCCAUUCCCUCCAAAUCCCAUCUGCUAGGGAAAUCCUGGGUGACUUAAACAGUGUAAAGCAGAUUAAAUCACACAAAUAUAAUGUCAAAGCUAAUUCACAAUGACCCUUCCUAUUGUGUCCUUUUUUUUUCCUCCUUCGUUUAUUUUUUUUUUUCUUUUCUUUUGACGUCUUCCGUUGGUUUCCACUUUCCGACUAAAUAAGCAUUCCUUCAAAACAUUCCUCGGGCUCUGUCUGCAAAAACACUACGAGCAUUCCAGAAUUUUCUGUCACCAGAUUAAAAAGUAGACAAGCUGUGCCAUUUACACGCGCUGUGGAAAAUCUCAUAAUCCAGUCAGUUGUGAAAGGCCACAGGUAAAACCACUGAUUGCCCCCCCCCCACUUCAUUUUGGACCGGAGCCCUGUCUAAUCCUCUACUUAAAGUACUCACUGAAUUAUACCAAAAAAAAAAAAACACACAAAAAAAAGGAAAAAAAAGAGAGAAAAAGAAGAAAAACAGCAGUAAUAGUGAAUAUGAAACAUUUGUGUAGUACUCAUAGUUGACUUUUGACAUGAUCUGGGACCAGUUGUUCCCUUUAAAUGUUUUUUUUUCCCCUUUUUUGUUUUAUUUGACAUCAUUGUGAUGAUGUACACAGACCUUAGGCAGAAUCUGGUCCUCUUUCACCUUUAAAAACAAAAAAUGUACAGUAGCUGGAGCAGAUUGUGUAUUGUUUGUUAUAAAAGCUAUGUUUUACACUAAAACAAAAAGAGUGAGAGGUAAGAUCUGUGGAAGUAAACGUUUGCUUUGGACUUCUUUCACUAGCUUCUUUUAAUGUUGAUUUUGUUUGAAUUGUAUUUAAUUAUUUCACUUGUUUCAGCCAAAAGUUUGGUUUCUGUUUUUUGGCCCAUUUGCGAAAACGACUUUGUAUAAAUUAGUCAAAUCUUAUUUCCACGGAAACCGAUCCAAGCCGAAAGGAAAACGGAGGCUUGGUGUCUCCGGAUGGACGCUCUGGACCACUCUGUAUAUUUGAGCGGUGGUGAGAAACAAAGCUGUUUCUUUUUGAACUUUAAACCACUUGGUUUGGAGCUCUAACUGGACCGAGGACGCCAUGCUUCGGCGUGCGUCGUUAGGGUUGGGCCAAGCAUGACUGUGACAACAGCUUCUCCUCGACAGGACAACCGAGCAGAGUCACAUAUGAGUGGUGGACCAAUGAGACUUCAAGAGAACAAAGGAAAGCUGACUCUGCACUGGACCGCAGCUGCUGCAGCUGCUCCGCUUCGAUGCCUCUCUCGUGUAUAUUUUAAAAGGACAAAUUUUAGAAUUGUCUUUAGUGUAUCCAGACCAUUUCUAACACUUGCUUCAACAAACAUUUGGAUAUUUAAGGAAUACAGCUCCUUGCCCUUCCUCUUGUCUGUUUGACCCCUAACCCGUUUAGUUGCUUUCUCACAUCCGUGCUUUCCUUUCCUCCUUUUUCAGUUCCGCAUGUGUGUAUAUUAUCAUGGUAUAAUUUAUUCUGCUGUAUGAAGUAUUAGAGUAGUGGGAAACUUGUAUUGGUAUUUACUACCUUCAGCCUGUUGGUGUGUUUACUGUAACACUGGCGUAACUGUUAUCAAUUAAAGAUCCAAAACUGA